UUGGGCUUUCUUGCAGCUGGGGAUCAGCUGAAAACUGAUUGGUGAUUUGGUGCCCCAAAUUGGAAUACACCUCUCUAACUAAAGCCACUUCAGACUAAACAGAGCAGAAAAAAGCCACCUCCUGCAUCUCUGUGGAAAACGCUGGUGGUAAUACGUUCCAGAAGGAGCUGCAUGUUGUUGUUUUUUUCAAACACUGCAUUGCACUGUUAAUUCAUUUGGUUUGAGGUCUGUCACAAUCCCAGCUGGCUUUCUGUAGGAUUGCUGCCAACUCCUCCUUCCAUAUUUUGUCCUUCAGCUUUUGAUUUCUCUCUUCUUCCUCUGCUUUCACUCUUAGUAAAUUAUUCAUCUGACUUACUGAAAAACACGUUCUAAUGCUAGCCUCCCUGGUGGCUGCAGCUCUCCCCAGUUGGGUGCCACCUGCUUAAAAACAAACUUCGUGUGUUUUUGAGUCCCUGUGGCGGCUGAGCGUAGCCUCAGGUCAAGCUGUUGGCUGCUGGCAUUUUGUUCUAAUCAGACUGGUAAAUGAGUAAUAGUUCAGUGGUUCCACUGGGGGAGGGAAGGCGGGCUGGCUCACGGAAGUGGCAUUGGGUGACAGAGCCGAGGUCUCCGCUGGAGCCGCGCUGGCAAAGGGCUGUCCCGUGGGGUCGGUGUGGAGUGAGCGGCAUCUCCAGAGAAUCCAUGGACUUGUUUGGGGUGUGCUAAGCGCUGAUGUUAGGCUUCAGCCUGGCGCAGAAGCCCUUUGGAGCGACCUUCGUCUGGAGCAGCAUUAUCGGCGCUCUCCAAACUCAAGUGGAAGUGAAGAAGCGCCGCCAGAACCUCAAGUGCUACCACGACUGCUUCAUCGGUUCGGAUGCAGUGGAUGUUGUCUUUGCCCAUCUUCUGCAGAACAAGUAUUUUGGGGACGUGGAUAUUUCCCGGGCGAAGGUGGUGCGCGUGUGCCAAGCGCUGAUGGAUUGCAAAGUGUUUGAGGCUGUCUCAACGAGGGUCUUUGGCAAAGACAAACGCUCCGUGUUCGAGGACAGCAGCAGCAGCCUCUACAGAUUCACGAACGCCUCCAACCAGCCAGAGCUUGAGAAAGAUUACCAGCAGUGUACCCCGCAGAGAUAUGAGAAGAGCACAUUGCUCUACUCCACUCCAUUCAAACCAGAAAGCCUGGAGGAUCUUUGGGAAAACCUAAGUCUAAAGCCUGCAAGCAGCCCUCAAGUAAACAUCUCGGACAGCUUGUCCCGUCGAGUUAUUAAUGAAGUGUGGCAAGAGCAAACAAUUGCUCGCCUGCUGCAGCUGGUGGACCUCCCUCUCCUGGAGUCUCUGCUGGAGCACCAGGAGAUCAGACCUCAGCUGCCAGAGCCCAGGAAGGCAGCUGGAUAUGUCAUCACCAGCAACUACCUGGACAGAGAGAUCCUCAAGGCUUUCAGUGACUCUCAGACAGACGAGUGGCUUUCAGCAGCAAUUGAUUGCUUGGAAUAUCUUCCUGAUCAUAUGGUGGUGGAUAUUAGCAGGAACCUGCCUGAUCAGCCAGACAAAGCAGAUUCCUGGAAACUGCUGCUGUUUGAAAACAUUGGGAGAUACUACAGCCAAAGAAAGGAACCACUCUUAAGCCAUGCAUCUGAAAUUCAUUUAGGAAUUGCAGAACUAUUAGUGAAUGGGAAGAUGGAGCAAUCUUUAGAAGCUGUUCAGCUCUAUUUGAAGCUCCUAGACAGCCAAGUCAGGGAGGAGUUCAGGAGACUGCUGUACUUCAUGGCUGUUGCAGCACAUAAUUCUGAGCUGAAGCUACAGAAGGAGAGUGACAACAGGAUGGUUGUGAAAAGGACAUUCUCUAAAGCUAUCAUCAACAAUAAAAACCUAUCCAGAGGGAAAACUGACCUCCUGAUCUUGUUCCUUGUGGACAACCAGAGAGAUGUGUUGAAGAUCCCAGGGGCACUGCACAAAAUGGUCAGCAAUAAACUGCUGGCCCUGCAGAAAGGCCAGGAUCCCUGCAAGAUAUCGGGUUAUACCUUCUGCCAAAAGCUCGAUGAGAGAGAGUAUCGCUCCAACACAGAGAAGACCACAAAAGAUGAGCUGUUAUCUCUAUUGAAAGCCAUUGAUGAAGAUUCAAAGCUCUCUGACAAAGAGAGAAAGAGGCUGCUAGAUCAGUUUCAUAGUAGUAAUCCAAGUAUUUUUAUGCAGUAUUUUGGAGACAGAGUUACUAAUAUGUGUAAAUAUUGAUUACUUUAUAUACCCCAGCAGUGAAAACACUAAUAUAUUUGUAAAUCUUUUAUAUUCAUGUAUCUGCCUAAUAAAGUUAUUUUCUGGAAA